AUAUAUAUAAGAAACUUAGUAUUGGGAUGAAUUGAACGUUAUUUCUUAAGUAUUUAUUCAAUAUAAUAACACAGGGUAACACAUCGUUGAUAAUCAUGUUGGCUAUAACGUUCUUUGCUCUUAUUGUGUCUGCAUCGGCGUUUAGAGAAUUGAAUGGACCGAUUGUAUCUAAAUUUUGGGAUAUGAUGAACAAAGAUCCGAAUGGAGAUGUAUCUGAUGAUCAAAUAACGGAAUUCUUCAAGAGAUACGAAAGACAAGAACCUAGUCAAUACGAAUUAGAGGUUGAUGAACAAGAUUUUACAUCGGGAACCAAUAAUUGGAUGAACGAUUUUGAAGUAAAUGACGAAGUUACCAGAGCUUAUUUCCGAGUUUUGAGUUUGGAUGCUGCAACGGAAUUGUUGAUUACUGAACGUGAUACUAACAUUAUUGCAGCUUGGUGCGACGAAGAGGGUCGCGGACUCGUUAACGAAGCAGAAUGGAAAACAAACUUUCCCGGCCUUCUACGAGCUAUUUCUUGGGGUGUUAUGUUCGUGCGCUACGACGCGAAUAAAGACGAAAAAAUCGAUAGAGACGAAUUCAAUACGAUUUUUAGAGCUUGGGAUUCGAAUGGCGAUGGUUCAGUUACAUUAGACGAAUUUACAACCUUCUGGACAACUGGUUCUUACGGAUCGCAAACUGAAGCCGAAAAAGUACAUGGCGCUCUAGAUUUUAACAGUGAUGGUGUUAUAAAUCAGGAUGAUGUUGAUACUUUGUAUUCGCUUAUUGACUCGAAUUCAGAUAAUUUAUUAGAGUUCGAUGAAUGGACUACGGUAAAGUGA